AUGGUCAUUACAUUGUCAAAUACGAGCGGUGGAGCAUCGGCUACCACGAUACAAACCACAACAUCACCAAAAAUUAGCACUCCAUCAACUUCUGUAACGAUUCGGACACUUGUAUAUUAUACUUUGGUGAUUGCCUUCAUCAGUCAACUGAUUUUUCCUGUAUUGUUACCUGCUUUCAUAGCAUCCAUUACAUAUUCUCCAUCAUUAUCACCAUUAACUGAAGCUAGGGAUUUUAAACAACUAGUAAUAUCAUUUUCAAUAGGAUUUGAAAAUAAUUCGCAAUUGACAUCGAUAGUAUCAAUUUCUACUUCCAAACUCAUUACAUUGAUGCAAUGGAUCAUUCAUGUGCCACUUGUCAUGUUACCAUUUGGUUCCAUGUUGUAUAACAAGGCAGAUAGAAGAGAGACAAGAAUGUUGACCUAUUGGUAUUGUGUAUUGCUUCUCUUCUUCUCAAACGUCCUUGUGUCAUUGAAACAAGCAGUUUUUGAUUGGAUUGAUUUUAUUCCUAGUUUUUUGAAUUCUCUUGAAAUGUCAAUUCGUAAAACAACUCUAGAUAACAAAAUAUUGGAAACCAUUGUGAAGGAACAAUCAAAUUAUGCAAGUGUUGGACUCAUUUCUUCACAAUUUCAAGCAAGUUCCAUGUUGCCUCAAUUAGUUUCAUUCCUUUUAAUUGUUUGCAUCUGUUAUCAUUUCAUUAGAGAUGUUGUGUUGGGUAUUCCUGUAAAAAUUGAUUCAAAGCAGGAAGAUCGUGUGCAGGGAGUGAAACAAUUCAUUUCCAACGAGUUUAACACUUGUCUUUUGCCAUUACAACAUAUCAUCAAUUACGAUCAUGUAUUGUCUGGUGCAGAAGCCAUCAGCAGCAAACCAUCCACAACACUCGAAAAGGAUGAAAAUGCUGAACAAGCAGAAGAUAUUAUUUAUCACGGAAAGAAAGUUAAUGUAUCGCCAAAUAUUGUCAACUCUUCAAACAUUUCAUCACCUAAUGGGGAAAUGACAAGCACUACUGCCACAACUACCACGAGUCCAGCAUCACCCGUUUCCCACAUCUCAGUUCCAACCAAUGGACCAACCAGCAAUGCCCAACCCACACGAAAACUCAUUGGUGGUAAUUUUAUGAAACGAAGAGGUUUAGAUUCAAAAUUUGCCGAACGAGGAUCUAAGGAUUACACCAAUGACAUUGAAGCUAAAGUGAAUCAGAACAUGAAUGCUAAAAAUCUGAGUCCUACAAGUGAGACGUCAAGUCAUUUAGCACCAACUUCAAAACCAAAGAGAGUGUCAUUUACGGAUGAAGACUUUCCUCCACUCUCAUCUCUCGACACUGGAGCAUCAUCCGAUGAAUAG